AUGGAAUUAGUAAAAUUGCUGCAAAUUUCUGUAUGUAAACUGGGCCAGAGUUUAAUACAGUCUCAUAAAAUCUCAAGUGAUUUAAAUGAAGCUGCUACUCAGCAAACAGUAUGUAUCUUUCUUAAUGCUUAUUUGAAUUCUGUAUCGUUCUUAGGAAGGCAGUUAAGUUUGGUAGGUCCUCUUCCAGGAGCAAGUGUGAAGAGUUACUCUAGCAAUCUCACAGUGAACAAGACUCAUAACAGCAAUCUCUUCUUCUGGUUCUUCCCUGCUCAGAUACAGCCAGAGAAUGCUCCUGUUGUACUUUGGCUCCAAGGAGGACCAGGAGGUACAUCCAUGUUUGGAAUUUUUGUUGAACAUGGACCGUAUGUUGUUGACCAGAAUCUCAGAUCGUCUUAAUGAAAGUUUCCUUGGACAUCCAAGUUUUCCAUGCUUUAUAUUGACAAUCCACUUGGGACUGGCUUUAGUUUUACUGAUGAUACAGGAUAUGCAGUUAACCAAGAUGAUGUAGGAAGAGAUUUAUACAGUGAACUCAUCCAGUUUUUCCAGCUAUUUCCUGAUUAUCAGAAAAAUGACUUCUAUGCUACAGGAGAAUCUUAUGCAGGGAAAUAUGUGCCUGCUAUUCAGUACUAUAUUCAUACCCACAAUCCCACAGCCAAGGUUAAGAUCAGCUUCAAGGGAGUUGCUAUUGGAGAUGGUUUCUGUGACCCUGAAAUGAUGUUGGGUGGCUAUGCGCAAUUCCCGUACCAAAUUGGCUUGGUGGAUGAGAAGCAGAGAGACUAUGUCCAGCAGCAAACCGAUCUGGGAGUAAUCUAUAUCCAGCAGAAGAAAUGGACUGAAGCCUUUGAAAUAUUUGAUGUUCUAAUUAAUGGUGAUGAAAAAGGUGUUCCAUCCUGCAGUCAGAACAUUACAGGUUGUAGUAACUUCUUUAACAUGCUACAAUGCCAGUGGCCUGAUGACCAGGAAUAUUUUGGAGAGUUUUUAUUGCUCCCAGAAAUAAGGAAAUCUAUCCAUGUGGGUAAUCUUACCUUCCAUGAUGGGUCUACAGUUGAGAAGCAUUUGCUUGAAGAUGUGAUGAAAACAAUAGAGCUAUUAGCUAUAUUAAUGGAUAAUUAUAGGGUACUGUUAUACAGUGGACAGCUGGACAUUAUAGUAGCAGCUCCAUUAACAGAGCACUUUCUGCCUACUGUGCCAUGGAGCAAAGUGGAAGACUACAAAAAUGCUGAAAGACUUGUAUGAAAGAUCCAUCCCCAAGAUAAGGAGGUAGCUGGAUAUGUGCAUCAAGCUGGUGAUUUCUAUCAGGUAAUUGUUCAAAGUGGGGGACAUAUCCUACCUUAUGACCAGCCUGAAAGAUCACUGGACAUGAUUGACAAAUUUAUCUCUGGGAAAGGAUGGAAGAAAAAUGAACACUAA